CUGUCUCUUCUCAGUGGCUGCAGCAUGAGCUCCUGUCCAGUCUGUGGCAAAAGUGUCAAAGUAUCCUUCAAGUUCUGCCCUUACUGUGGCAAGGCCCUGUCUGUAGAGAAGCAUGGAGCCGCCCAAACUGGCAUUAUGCCUCUUGUGUCAUCCUUUCGAGGCUCGAGGAGAGAGCUGAACUCCAGUUCUGAAACCUCUCCCAAGAAAGUGAAAUGGUCACACACUGUCACUUCUCUCUCACCCUCCCUCCACUCUGACUGUGGCAGUUCUGAGUCUGAAGAUACCUUGAGUUCUCCUGAAAGAGCCACAGGUCAUCUCCUUGCAGGCACCUGGAGCAGACCCCCGACCCCCAAAGGCAGCCCACAGUCCACCAGGCUAAGCCCUCAGACACUGAAGCGGAGCCGGGUGACCAUCUCCCUCCAGGCUUUGCCCACAGGGACAAUGCUGACAGACAAGAAUGGGCAGCACUGGAUACUCGGGGCCCUCCAGUCCCGGGAUGACCAAGGCAUUCUCUAUGAAGCUGAGCCCACUUCUGUCUUACCCUGUGAAUCAAGGACCCAGAAGCAUAGAUUCUCACUCAAACUGGACUCCAAGGAUGGGCGCCUUUUCAAUGAGCAGAACUUCUUUCAGAGAGCAGCCAAGCCUGUGCAAGUGAACAAAUGGAAGAAGCAGUUCCUGGUCCCACUUCUGGCCAUCCCCACCUGUGUUGGCUUUGGCAUUCACCAGGACAAGUACAGGUUUCUGGUGUUUCCCAACCUGGGGAGGAGCCUUCAGUCUUCUCUGGAUGACAACCCAAAGCACGUGAUGUCAGAGAGGUGUGUGCUGCAGGUGGCCUGCAGGCUGCUGGAUGCUCUGGAGUUUCUCCAUGAAAAUGAGUAUGUUCAUGGGAAUCUGACAGCUGAGAAUGUCUUUGUGAAUCCAGAGGAUCUGAGCCAGAUGACCUUGGCGGGCUAUGGCUUUGCCUUCCGCUACUGCCCGGGUGGCAAACACGUGGCCUACAAAGAAGGCAGCAGGAGUCUACACGAGGGGGACCUGGAGUUCAUUAGUGUGGACGUGCACAAGGGAUGCGGGCCCUCCCGCCGCAGCGAUCUCCAGACCUUGGGCUACUGUAUGCUCAAGUGGCUUUACGGGUCUCUGCCAUGGACAAACUGCCUUCCCAACACCGAGGACAUCACAAGGCAGAAGCAUAAGUAUCUGGACUGCCCUGAGGCCCUUGUGGGACUGUGUGGCCGCUGGUGCAAGGCUUCAGAGACCCUGAGGGAGUACCUGAAGGUGGUGAUGGCUCUCAAUUACGAGGAGAAGCCGCCUUAUGCCAUGCUGAGGAACAAUCUAGAAGCCCUGCUUCAGGAUCUGCGGGUGUCUCCCUAUGACCCCCUGGACCUCCAGAUGGUGCCUUAGGUGGAAUCCAGCCACUUGGUCUUUUACUUACUGAUUACAGCUGCCCAGAGUGACAGUACACACAUGCAGCCCAGCUGCUGCAGAGGCCAAGGCAGGAAGAACGCUCAGCCCAGGGGACCGAGACCAGCCUUAGCACAGCAAGAACAUGUCAAGCAGACAAAAUCUUCAGCUUCUUUAUUCCUGCUUUCAUGAAGUCACUCAUCCAGCCAGAAUUACACUUCUCCAUCUAGCCACCUUCACAACCCCCAAAAUUCUAUCCAUCCAUCCAUGCUUCCAUCCUUCACCUAGCUAUCUUUUAUCCAUCUGCCUGGUACUUCAUCCCACCAGUCUUUAAUCACUCCUUCUACACUCCUGCUCAUCCUCUGCAACCUUCCACCUGUCCAUCUGCCACCCCACACUUAUUUUUUCAGACUGUACUAAUUAUGUGUCUGUGUGUCGAUACGGAUAUGUGCAUGUGAGUGCAGAUGCCAGUGGAGGUCAGAUCCCCUGGAGCCAUCAUCACAGGUGGUUGUGAGGAGUCCAGCGUGGGUGCUAGGAACCAAACUUGGGUCCUCUGCAAGAACAGUAAGCUCUCUUCUGAGCCAUCUCUUCAGCCCCCAACUCAUUCUCACUGGAGGAUUCUAGAUGGGACUCUACCACUGAGCUUUGGCCCUAACCCCUCACUGGAGGAUUCACUACAAUAGCAAAAGCAUUUUGGGGAGAAAACCACAUGGUAUAUUAGAUUUUCAUUACUAUGGCCAAAAAACUAACAUAAACAACUUAAAGGAAGACGGGUUUCUUUCAGCUUCUGGUUUCAGAGGGUUCAGUCUAUCAUGCAGCAUAAAUCAAGGUAAACCAAGAAACAGAAAUGGGAGUCUGAUGCCCUUCCUUAAGACUUAGGGAGUAAACAAUUUGCAAGUCUCAGAAAGUCCUUGAAACUGAGCAGACACACAAGCGCCCCCUGCCCCCGAGGUCAUAGAAGCAAUGAGGGUUGCUGAGGAUGCGGACAGACUAAACUCCCUGGAGGACACUGACCUGUUAAGCUGCCUACAAGCUGUUGAGAGAACUGCAGAGUCCCAGCUUUCACAAGCCAUCACCCAUGCUGGGCUAGGCAUUUGGUGAUGGAGCUGUUGAGUCAUUUCUGUGCCUGAAAGUAACAUCAUUGGUUCACCAGAGAUAAGUUUGUUCAGAUCUCUCUAGGAACAGCACAUCUUGAGUUCAUCUUUUCUGGAAAUGUCCAGAUAUAUGAGGUCCUAAGUCCAUCCUAGCGGAUAAUGAAGAAUAGCAGUCCAUGUGGCGAGCCUGAAUUGCAAAGAGUUGGGACAGGGGCGAUAAAGAUGGCUCAGUGGUUAAUAGUAUUUGUUCUUGCAGAGGAUCUAGGUUCAAUUCCCAGCACCCAGGCUCUAUACAAUAUACAAAUGCACAUGUAUGAGCAGAACAUUUGUAUAAAUAAGUGUAAAGAAAAAAAUUUUUAUAAAUUUUUACUUCAUGUAUAUUGCAUGUAUGUCUGUGAGGGUGUCAGGUUCCCUGGAAUUGUAGUUACAGACAGUGGUGAGCUGUCAUGUGGGUGCUGGGAAUUGAACCCAGGUCCUCUGGAAGAGCAGCCAGUUCUCUUAACCACUAAGCCAUCUCUCCAGUCCCCUAAAGAAAAAAAUUAGAAAGAAACAAAAGAGAACAAACUAGGGAUGUAGCUCAGUAUAAAUUACUUGCCUAGCAUGUGUGAAGCCCUGGAUUCAGGCAACAACAGUGAAGAAAAGGAAAGAAAGAUGGAGACAGAAUGUCAGGGAGAGGAUGAAGUAGAUUCAUUCAAUCUUUUUUCUUAGUGAUAAGAAAAGAAAGAAAAACAGGAAACAGCCAUGUGGAUAUGUGUGGGCUGGUCAGUGCCCUUGUGUGGAUAUGCACACUGACUAAGUCUGUUCUGCAGCCUCUUCCUUCCCUGUUCUUCUCAUUCUAGCCAUUGACUCCAUAGUAGUUUAAAGCAUCUGUUCAGAAUGAAGGAAGCCAAGGCAAGAACUCAAGCAGGGCAAGAGUGUGGAGGCAGGAAUUGAAGCAGAGACCAUGAAGAAUGCUACUUACACUCCUCAGGCUGAUAGUCAGGUAGCUACCUUUCUUACAACUCCUGAGACAACUGCCCAAGGGUAGCACCGUCCACUGUGGGCUGGGUCCUCCUCACUGAUCAUUCAGGAAAAUGCCCCUAGACCUUCUAGUAGACCGACCUGAUAGAAACAUUUUAAUUAAGAUUCUCUCAGACAUGUAGGUUUGUGUAGUGAGAAUUCUGAAGUUUGGUUUCUUUAAAAACACAGAAAUACUAUAAGAAUAUGUUUUAAUCUUAAUCCCAGGUGUGGGGAUAUGGGGCUGCUUCAUAGCAGCUGACUAUGAUUUGCCUUGUACUCUGGCAACUGCCGAUAGUUUCUGUGAUUGUGGGACAUUUGGAAUUCUGGGAACUUCUACAUGUUAGGGCCCUGAGAGGUGUGCUGGAUUGUUGGUUGGUUUUUGGUUGCUGUUGGUUAUAGUUUGUUAAGUAGUCCAGCACAAAAAAAGAAACAAGAUAUCAAUUAGGUAUGGCAUAUCAAGUUUCAGUUAGAUUAGGCACCUCCUCUCCUAUUAAGGCUGGACAAGGCAGCCCAGUAAGGAGACAAGGUCCCCAAAGCAUGCAGCCAACAGUCAGACACAGCUCUGGCUCCCGCUGUUAGCUGUUAGGAGCCCCACAAGAAGACCAAGCUACACCUUAGCAUACCUGCAGCAAGUCUAAGUCAGGUCCAUCAGAAGAAAUUAGGAUCCUGACAGCAACACUCAAACCUGCCCCAAGGAGCUCCGUGCCACAGAUCAGCAGGAAGUAGUCUAAUGGGAGAGGCGCUCCCUUUCUGACUUUAUUCGGGGAUCUCUUCCCUCUUCUCUCUCUCCUUUUAUUCUCUCCUAUCUAGUAUUAGGGGGUUGAACUAGAAGAAGAGGAGUGGAGAAGGGUGGAAGAAAGAAGAGCCCAUAAAGUAGCAAACACCAGCUCCAGCUCUAUUGGUUGUUUUGAGAUAUUCCUCUCUGUAGCCCUGGAUGGACUAGAACUCAGAGCUCUGUCUGCCUCUUUGUCCUAGAGCCAGGUUUAAAGUUGUGUGUCACACCUCCAGCACUGAUAAAGCUGUAGCUGUGAAACUUGAGGAGCUGAGUUUGACUGCAGCACCAACAUAAUCCCAGCACUUGGGAAGCAAAAAUGGGAUCCCUAUAAGUCAGAACUGAAGCAGUCCUGAUGCAGUGAGAGGCCACGUCUCAGCAAGUGAAGCAGGCAGUGACUGAAGAAGAUGCUCAUCCUUAAUUUCCGGCACAGUACACACCAAAGCUCAUCCUCCUACACACAUGCAAAUGUGUGUACACAUAUACAUGUACAUACAUGUACACACAGAAACAAGUGAGAGAAUGUGGGCCCUGGCUGGUCAGUAGGGUUAGAAGUAAAGUCUGUCAGUUUCCUCUCAAAGUAUAUUGAGCCAGCUUCAGCCCAGCUACAGAGGAACAGAAAACACUAGAUCCUGCCUCUACCCUUAGUCUAGAUGCCCCACACCCCCAAACUCUGCCAAGCUACCCCCGAAGUGCACACCCAAAGCAGAAUGUGAGAGUAGAAAAUUACGGAAAAGAUUAUCUACGGCACCAUGGGUCUCCUAAGUUUUAAAGUUUCAGCAAAAGCUAGAGACCAAUGCUGCAUGCUGCCGUCUUUGCUGAGGAAAACACCAGUGUAAGGGAAAGAUAAGAUACCAUGUAUGGGGUGGUCUCCUGGUUACUGGUCUCCUGGCCUGUGCUUAGUCAGCACAACCGCCUCCUACACUGAGGCCUGACUUCAAAGUUACAUGCUUUGUCUCCAAUUCUCUUUCUCUCCUCUCUGUCUCUCUCUCUCUCUCUCCCUCGAUUUUUUGUGUGCCCUGGCUAUCCUGGUCUAUAUUUCAGGCUGGCCUCAAACUCAAGAGAUCCUCCUGCCUCUGCCUUCUGAGUACUGGGAUUAAAGGCGUGCAGCACCACUGCUUCCAAUACUCUUAGUCUGAAGUGAGGCUCGUUAUUUCUAACACCAGGAAAUUACAAGCAGAUAGACUUUAAGGACCAAGGGUCCUAGACACCCUUUGUCACAUAGAUAUAACAUCACUGCCAGGGGCUGUUGGUGCUGGUUCCCAAGAUCUGUAUGACACAUGAGAAUGUCCAAUCAUCUGCAGCUUCCUGCUGCUGCUUGUGGUUGUCCAAAGCACAGGAUUAUAAAAGUUGCUGAGUAGCCAGGUGGUGGUGGGAGCACAUACUUUAAUCCCAGUGCUCAGGAGGGAGAGGCAGAUGGAUCUCUCUGAGUUUGAGGCCAGCCUGGUCCACAGAGUUGAGUUCCAGGACAGCCAAAAUUACCCACAGAAAAACCCUGUCUCGGAAAAACAAAAACAACAACAAAACAGUUGCUGAGUGUUGGGAUGGCAGGUGGUUGAAGUUCAACUUGAUGAGUCUAUAUCCUGAGAGCUGCGGAUCUCUGACACCUAGAGUCUAUUGUAAUGGGCCUCUGACUCUUGGGUUCUUUGGUAACUAAAUUACCCUGGCCAGCUGACUGAUGGUCAGUGGAGGGACAAAUGAUGGUACCUCAGGACCUUGCCUGAGUGCUUGACUAGCCAAGUCUCUUUUGAGCCACAUUCAUUAUGGGGAUGAUCCUGCCCAAAGACCAGCCCAGGACAAGCUGUCUAUAGUGAGGCAAAAUACCUCAUAGUGUCCUUGCCUUCUAUUUCAUUUUUGAAAGGAGAAUCGAGAUGUGGGGCCUACAGUGGCUAGUUUUAUGUCAGUUUGAUGCAAACUAAAGUCACUGAUGAAGAGGGAGCUGCACUUGAGAAAAUGUCUCCAUAAGAUUAGGCCUGUAGGGUAUUUUCUUAGUGAUUGAUGUGGGAGGGCCCAGCCCAUUGUAGGUGGUACCAUCCCUGGCCUGGUGGUCCUGGGUUCUGUAAGCAAGCAUGCAUGAGUGCAUCAUGGGGAGCAAACCAGCAAGCAGCACCCCUCUAUGGCCUCUGCAUCAGCUCCUGCCUCCAGGUUCCUGCCCUGUUUGAGUUCCUGUCCUGACUUUUUUCACUGAUGGACUAUGGAUGUGGAAAUGUAAGCCAAAUAAACCCUUUCCUCCCCAAAUUGCUUUUGGUCAUGGGGUUUCAUCACAGCAAUAGUAACCCUAACUAAGACAAGUUGGGCUAGUCAGUGGUUGCACACACCUUUAAUCCCAGCAUGAGGGAGGCAGAGGCAGGUGGUUCUCUGAGUUCUAGGUCUACAGAGUCUCUGAGUUUCAGAACACCCAAAGCUACACAGAGAAACCCUGUCUUAAAAAAAAAAAAAGCAUCAGUAGAAUGGAGCUUGUCAGAGGUUCUAUAUUAGCUGUGUGUACUACAGAGGGCUGAGCCGGAAAAGUGACCCAAGCCCUUUGAAGGAUCCCAGAAGAUUAUGAAGCCAUCUCAGACAUUGAACAUUGGGUUGGGUAGACAGAGUUUGAUUUUAUUUGCGACUGUGCUAUGGUUCUUCCCUCUUGAAGUAAGAAAGUAUUUUUUUAUUUUCCAGGAACCCCCAAUUAAGAGACCUUAACUAUUAAACCAUUGAGGUCUUUAUUUUUUCCCCUGAGACAGGGUUUCUCUGUGUGGCCCUGGCUGUCCUGAAACUCACUCUGUAGACCAGGCUGGCCUUGAACUCUGAGAUCUGCAUACCUCUGCCUCCCAAGUGCAGGGAUAGAGUGCGUGCACCACGCCUGGCCUAAUUUGCAGUAUUUUAUAUUGUGAUGCUCUCAGUGAUGGGGGGCAGCCCACUGUGGGUGGGACCAUUCCUGGCCUACUGGUCCUGGUGUCUGUAAGAAAGCAGGCUGAACAAACAAUGAGGAGUGAGCCAGUAAAGUAGUACCUCUCCAUGGCCUCUGCAUCAGUUCCUGUCCUGUAUGAGCUCCUAUCCUGACAUUUUCAUUGAUGGACUAUGAUGUGAAAGUGUAUACCAAAUAAAACCUUUCCUCCCCAA